CAAUGGAUUCGUUCUGUCACCACCGACUCGUUUGUUGCUGGUGAUACACUAAAGGGUGGCUUCAGUACCGGGCUUCAGUACCAUUUGUGACAGGUUUUAGAGUAUCGCUAGCACGAGGGUAGGAUUAAUUGGGCUUUUUCUCAUGAGUAUCUUUGGAUAAAUAUAAAAAAUGACGAGUUUGUCCCCUGGUGUUCUCUUCCACUCAACGGGACUCAACCAAAAGUCCACACCAAUAGCACCUGAUGCUACAUCAGUUGAAAUUGAAAAGAUCCACAAAAAAGUCUCGAGUCGAACCAGAAAAAAGCAAUCGUGUCUCAAAGAGCCGUACAAUGGUAAUCCGUGGCCGAGAGAUAGUCCUGUAGCAAUGGUUUAUGAUGUAGGUAAUAGCAGCACCAGUAUGAUACUACUCAAUAACCGAAAAAAGAAUAAUUCUCGCUUGAGAGGUCAGAGUGCACUCUCUAAAGGGUCAUUGGCGAAAAGUACCAGCAUAUCAGACGAAAGUGAGUUUGGUGAGCUAGAAAUAAACCCGGACAGACAUUUUGCUCAUAGUAAUCUGAACCGAGAAGGGCACAAUCCCUGCUUGAACUCACAAUCUCCAUAUUUUGAACCCGAGACGCAGCCACACAUUGAUUGGAGGAACAAGCGGCAGCGACCGCCAUGGAAACCUUGUGAAUCGUCUGUCAAUGCCUAUCGUCAUGCAUCAUGCCGGCAGCCAACAGAUCCCAUAUUCUACAGCCUUGAGCACCAGCGCCCUAGCACCACCCCUAGUGGCCGGAGGUCGAGAGGUCCACGGUCCAUUGAAAACAAUUACUAUCUCCACCAUCCUGAGCUCUCGUUUGGACAGCGGUUGUAUUUGUGGAGUACCGCCCAUGUUUAUAGUUUAACAGACAUGAAGUCUCUAAAACAGAGGCAGUAUCUUGAUCUUUUGAGAAGGGAGAAAAAUAGAGGCUUUCACACUGAUAAGGAAUACCAGCAGUAUGACCGAUUUAUUCGCACUCCGCGCCGAUUGACGUCAGAUGACUAUUAUCGAGAUAGAGAAAGAUCGCAGGGUCAGCGAGCACGGACUGCUGGAGGUCGUCUCGAAAAAGAUGAGGGAUCUGAUAAACAGGAAGAAGAGCCACAGAACGAUUCCCAGAAAGACUCAAGAGGGACCAGUACCAAAAACGUCUCAGCCAAUAAGAGAAAGAAGGAAGAGGAGGAAAGAAAAAAGAACGAAGAAGAUGAAAGAAAGGAAAAAGAGAAAACUCUAAAAAAAGAAAAAGAAGUGGGAUAUGCUCAAGAGUCAAAUGAAAUGAGUGGAAAACCUCAAAGUGCUGCGAGUGUGAAAAGGGAUUCAAAAUCUGCCAGCUCAAAAAAAUCUUCAGCGAAGGGUUCAAGAUCUUCGUCUAGGGCUAGUAAGGCUAGCAAGGAUAAAGUGUCAAAAACGUCUGACGAUGAAGAACUCAUUCUCAGUUCUGAUCCCGACACAAGAGACAAACGGGGCCGAGGACCCACCCAUGUGAAUGUAGACGUAGCAAGUACCAACCCGUCUGUUGCCCUUUCUCAGGAACCCAUCGACCGGGAACCGAAAGAUGUGGAUAAACUGGAGUACUGAACAUGAAUGGGUUUCCAGGCGUCUCCAAAGAUUGCCAAUGAGACAAUGAGGUAGCGGACCUUUGAUGAAUCCCUAUAGAUGGUGCAGCAAGGCAUAUACCUUUCAAGGCCUGUGCGAACAUCGUAAUGAGAAAGCUAACUGCUGAUGACGUUAUGACGUCACUCGUGUCAUCGGGCAGAAUGAACUGACAAGGCAAGCAUAUGAUGUCAUGACAUAAAGACGCAUUGGAUCUCUAUCAAGACAUGAUUUGUUGCACACAUCGUUGGUUGUUUUUUUGGUGUAAAACUAGCCUCCUCAUGAAGCCUGAAAAGGUUUAUGACUGCGCCCCUAAUAAAGCGAAUUCAAUUAGCCACUACCUCAUUGGUAUUAUUGCCUUACAGUUAUCAUGAGAUGUUUCAUCACGUGCUGGUCUACUUUAGACAGUCAAAGGUCAUAACGGAAGAUUCACCGUCACAUCUGAUUCAUAUAUUGCAUGACUACCAGAUGAUAUUGUCUCCAGACAACCCAAUGACAUAAUGAGACCAUCAGUAUUGCUAACCUCUUAAUAAUUAGAAGAAUCAUGUCAUGGUUUCAGAGGUAAAUCGUCAUACCAAGUGGGGUAAAGAAAUUGAUUGACACUGGUGUUGUGUUAAUCUAGGGGAGACAGUACCCUUGGCAUUGGGAGGCAUAAGAAUCCAGGGAGGUAUACAACUUCAUUAUGAAACGGUCAUUUGGUUGUCUUGGGAGGUAUUAUGACUCGGAUGUGACAAUGUCAUUUGGGGUCGUCCGGGGAGGUAUAUGACCAGGAUGUGAAAGUGUCCUUAUUGGGCUGUCCGGGGAAGUAUUCUUUAUAUAACUUGGAUAUGAGAAACUACUGGUAAGACGAGUGGAAACGUGUUGGACACUGAAAAAAACAUUGAUCUGUUGCACUUUCGUGAAGCAUACCUGUGAUAUACUUGAUAGACUCUUUUCUUAAUUGCGUAGUAUUAUUAUGGAGUUUCUCUUAAAUUGUGUACAAAAUGGUUGUAAACUUGAAUGGGUUUGCAAUGGAUUCUACUUCGGAUCUCUAGUUGGAAUUGUUGAAGAGUGUUGGAAGAGAGGAAACUGAUCAUGAAUAUCUGGAAAGGCUGUAGACUGAUACCAUAAAAUAUGACAUCUUGCUGACCAUGCGUCAUAUCAUGUUAUGUCACGAUUUCGCCACUGAUGAACGAAUGAAUAGGAAAUGACGUAAACACGAAUCAAAGAUGACAUAAUUGUGACAAGAAAAAAACGUUGUUACACCAUGCUGUGCAACCAUGUCAGAGAGAGUUGAUGUCACCAAGGUCACUUGUCUCUUCGUGCAGCACUAUUCAAUACAAAUCCUCUUAGUCUAUGUUGUGCAGGUGUCAUAAUACUUGAGGUGAUAAAUCAACAACUUACUGUGAACUAUUUUUCUGGACUAAAAAUUAAACUUCUAUUUGUU